AUGGCAUCCGUUCCAGUUGAGAGAUCAGAUGACGUGCAAGUCGCUGGCGAAAAGAGUCCCGAUGAUUCUUUCGUCGAGGAUGCCAAACAGCGUGAGAUCCAAGCUCUUGACGAGGAUGCUGUCUACAGCAGACCAGAGCAACGCAAGAUCAUUCAUCGUAUCGACAGACGGUUGAUAACGACCACCGGUGCUAUGUACUGCGUGAGUUUGAUGGAUCGAACAAAUCUACCCAACGCAGCUAUCGCCGGGAUGAACGUUGAAUUGGACUUGAAUGUUGGCUUCCGUUACUCAACUAUCGCCCUGGUGUUCUUCAUAACAUACACUCUAUGCCAGCCGCCGGCCACAAUUCUUUGUCGCAAGAUCGGUCCUCGACCUUUCCUUGCUGCUAUUUGUCUCGCGUGGGGAAUCGUUAUGAUUGGUUUUGGUUUCCCUUCAGAUUGGGUGGUGAUGAUCCCACUCCGCCUACUGCUGGGUAUCUUUGAGGCCGGAUUCUUUCCAGGAUGUGUCUACUUGAUUUCAACAUACUAUUCUCGCUACGAUAUGCAGAAAAGAUAUGCAGUCUUCUACAUGAUCGGUUCCUUGGCUUCUGCGUGCUCUGGAAUUCUUGCUUAUGGUAUUCAGCAAAUGCACGGACUCGCCGGAUACUGGGGAUGGCGAUGGAUCUUUAUCAUCGAGGGUGUACUUACUUGCGUCAUUGCAAUCAUCGGAUACAUCUAUCUCGUCCCCUUCCCCGACCAACUUGAGAAGAAGAAACAAUGGCCACCAUUCCUGAGCUCUGAAGAAAUCGCCUUCGUCAUCCGACGCAUCAACAAAGACAGAAGUGAUGCCGAAGCUGAAGAGUUCAACUUCAGAAAAUGGAUCGCCUGUGGAAAAGACCCUAAAGUUUGGGCAUUUGCAUUGGUUUUCUUCUGUCUUACGACGAUGGCAUAUGCUAUUUCGUAUUUCCUUCCCAUCAUCCUUCGCGCGAACAUGGGAUUCUCCAUUGCUGAGUCACAGUGCUUGGUUGCACCUCCAUAUGCAUUUGCCGGUAUCUUGAUGGUCUGCAUUGCUUGGGUGGGAGACAAGUACCACAUUCGUGGACCUCUUCUAGCCGCCAAUGCUUUGCUGGGUCUGACUGGAUUGCCAAUCAUGGGUUUUGCCCCAACUGCCGGCGCACGAUAUUUCGGAGUCUUUCUCGUUUGCGCCAGUGCUAAUGCAAGUAUUCCAACUGCGAUGGCAUAUCAAGCGAAUAACAUUCGUGGAAUUGGUGGUGUCGCUGGCUCCCUAAUCUUCCGAUCACAAGACUCGCCCCAUUAUCGCCCUGGUCUUUACGCAGGAAUGGCAUGCAAUGGACUCAUCAUUCUUAUUGUCAUUAUCAACACCAUCUACUUCCGACGGGAGAACCGCAAGGCGGAUCAAGAGGGUAAAGUGUUGGAGGACAGUCCAUCGUUCAGAUACACCAUAUAA